UAACCAGUGGUCAGUGGUUGUGUUUGAUGAUUCACAGAUCUUAUUUGUUUUGUAAGUUAUAAAUCCAUUAUCAUUGACGCCUAAAUCAUCUCAACAUUCUCAACUCCCAACUUAAAAAAUUUAGUCUACUAUUAUUAUUGUUGCGAAUUAUAUUGUGUGUUGUUAUACACAAUAUAAUAUUUUAAUAUUGUAAUUCGAUUGUUGCGUUAUCACGUCGUAGGUCGACGACAUUGUCGACAAGAAUUCUUCGGAUCAACAGGAAAUACCAAUUAUUGUGCGAUCGUUUUUUUUCAUUUCUGGUAUUUUUUUUUGUUUAUUCAAGUCUGCCGGUUUUUUUUUUUUGUUACGUCAUCGAUAUCUGCUCCUGUUCUGGUGUACUGGUACCAAGGACACCUAGAUACUCCUCCACCACGCAAAAUAAAAAAACAAAUUUUUGCUCAUCUCGUAAGUACGAUCGCAACCCAACGUUCGGUUGACUGCCGUGUUAGAAACGGCCAUAACAUCAAAAGAAAACAAUGGUCGACACGGCUGAAGCUACCAGGCGAUUGAACGUCAAGAAGCAAACAUUGGACGAUGCUUAUGCAGCUCCAGCCAAUUUCUUGGAAAUUGAUAUACUGAAUCCAAUAACUCACGGUGUGGCCAAAAAACGCUACACAGAUUAUGAAGUUCGCAUGAGAACAAACUUGCCAGUGUUUAAGGUCAAAGAAUCCAGUGUUCGUAGACGUUAUAGUGAUUUUGAAUGGUUGCGCAAUGAACUAGAAAGAGACAGUAAGAUUGUUGUACCUCCUUUACCCGGUAAGGCAUGGAAAAGACAAAUGCCAUUCCGAAAUGAUGAUGGUAUAUUUGAAGAAGAAUUUAUUGAAGAACGACGAAAAGGCCUUGAAGUUUUUAUAAACAAAAUUGCUGGUCAUCCAUUGGCACAAAAUGAAAGAUGUCUUCAUAUAUUCCUACAAGAACCAGUGAUUGAUAAAAGUUAUGUGCCAGGUAAAAUCAGAAAUACUUAAAUUAGAAUAAGUCAACAUCUUCACCGAUUAUGCCUCUAAACGUUAUUAUUUUUUUUUGCCAAUGAUGAUUUCUAUAUAAUUUUCAAUUAAUGUGUCUGUUUCGACAAUACCCUAAAAUAGAUAAUUUUUUUUAUUAGCAAUUAUUAAUAUUUUUGA